GCUUUUAAAUGUAGAAGCUAAAAUUGAUUAAGCGCCAAAGAAGUCAGUUGAUUCCUUCCUUACAGACGAGAAAUAUAUUUUGUCUUUAUUUGUAACGGAAAUGAAGAUUUUCGUUUUAUUCGCUCUAGUUGGUUUUGGCGCUGCCGCAAAAUUGCUCAGCAUCCCUUUGGAACGACUGCCCACGGCGCGCAGUUCGAUGAGCCUCGUCCAACGGUCGAUGGAACGAACGCGAAAUCGUUACAGCAGCGGCAAAAUUCUUACGGAAGACUUGAGAAAUUUCCAAGACUCUCAAUACUUUGGUCCAAUCACUUUGGGCACUCCUCCGCAGAAUUUCACCGUGAUUUUCGACACGGGAUCGGCCAAUCUUUGGGUACCGUCCAGCCAGUGCUCCGAAGAUAAUCUUGCUUGCAAGGUUCACAAUCAGUACAAUUCAUCCUUGUCCGACACCUACAAACCGAACGGAACCGAGUUCAGCAUCCAGUAUGGCACCGGAGCAAUGAACGGUUUUCUGUCGACAGAUAUUCUGGGUGUGGCCGGCGCUCAGGUGAUUGACCAGACGUUUGCCGAGGCAGUUAACGAACCGGGAGUCGUCUUCGUCGCUGGCCGUUUCGACGGUAUUUUGGGCAUGUCUUAUCCCAGCAUUUCAGUCCAGGGCGUGGUCCCCAUGUUCCAAAACAUGCUGGCCCAGGGCUUGGUCGAUGAGCCCGUCUUUUCUUUCUGGCUCAACAGAGAUACUAGCGAUCCAACCAAUGGCGGUGAAAUUGUCUUUGGCGGCACCAAUCCCGAUCAUUACGUCGGUGAAAUCAAUUACAUCCCAGUCACCCGCAAAGCAUACUGGCAAUUCCGAGCCGACGGAUUGAUGAUUGAAGGCAUUCCUGAAUAUCCGUUCUGCGAUGGCGGUUGUGAAAUGAUUUCCGAUACUGGCAGUUCUGUCAUCGUUGGACCAGUCGAAGAAGUCAACCUUCUCAACCGACUCCUUGGUGCCGUCAACAUCAUCAAUGGAGAAGCUGUCAUAAGUUGUCUUAGAAUUCCGUACCUGCCUCCUAUUACAAUCACCAUUUCCGGAUUGCCCUACACUCUGGAGGGCGAAGAUUACGUGCUAAAGGUUGACGAUCCCACUACCAACACCAGCACUUGCAUUUCUGGAUUCCUUGGACUGGACAUCCCGCCGCCGUCUGGCCCACUGUGGAUCUUGGGUGACGUGUUCAUUGGCAAGUUUUAUUCCAUCUAUGAUUUCGGAAUGGAUCGAAUCGGACUCGCUACUGCCCGUUAAUUGCCACGCCCAUUUUUCACAUCUUAUCAUAAAUAGACAAACUGAGGGUAUAAAUAGAAAACAAUAUCUAGAAUAAUAGAUGAACUUCUUUUCGGCAAUAAACAACUAAAUAAAGCAACCAAUUAAUAUUUGACUGCGUACAUAAUUAGCUGACCAUCAAUAACACUGCCUAAUUUUCAAUUAAUUCAAUUUGGGUUUACGCAUAAGAAUUCACGAACUGGACCGUAGGAUAAAUUGCGAUAACGCGCCAAGAGCCGCUUUUUAUUUUCAAAUUUCUUGUGCAUCGUCACCCCAUCUAGCGACCAAUUUUUUCUCUUCUUAAUAAAAUUAAUUUGAAAAAUUCACUUCAAGCUCACCUUUUUGAAAAUAAAAAGGGCGGAGUCAAUAAAAGUCACGAGUUGCUUGCUUCAAAUUGACGAUUAUGACUUUUAAAUUUGCCAACUGUUUUUUUGAGGAGUUCCGGGACUAAAUUGUUGCACCAAAAUUCGAAUCUAAAACGGCUGUUUUGAUUAUACAAAUAUAUUUAGAGAUAAGGGUUUCAAUCAAAUCAGAAGAUUAAACUUCAUUUGAUGACAUCAGCACAAAAGCUUUAAUGUCAUUGCCAUGACCGCUAUCUUCUUCGUACUAUCUUUCAAAACCAAUUGCAAAAGUCGUUGACCAAUCGUUACGUAACAAAGAAAUGCAUACUUCAUUUGAAGAUAUUUUCAUUUCAAUUCAAAUCAUAUCGCGCGAAAUUUAAAAAAACAAAUACAAAAUGUCCGUUCAGUUUGAUAGGAAUUUAGUCGUUGGAAUCGCCCCCUCGCAAAAGCGUUCAAACGUGAUCCGCACCGGAAUCCUUAUCGCUACAGCAGUUGCUCAAAAAAUGUGAAACAAUGCCCACAAGAA